AUCAAUGGACGAUAGGUAUGAUGACAGAAAGUUAGUAGCCUGACUGCUGAAUAAAAUAAACUCGAUUAUUUUGGCAGGAAUAUUCAUAAUCCUUAUAAAAGUUAUAAUUCUGAUAGUCUCGUUUAAUUUUUUAAGUCACAAAAUAGGAUGCUUUGGUGCAAUACAAAGUUGAGUCCUCGAUUUAAUCAAAACACUGGAGUAAACACUUUUCAAGAAAGGCACAUUGCACAUUAUCAUCUACAUUUUCGUCUUUGUGUCACAGGCAAGACUGCUUUACACGCCGAUUUUAAGAAUGGAUAAAGCCUGUCAAAAUACCGUAUUGAUAUAUGAUAUAAAUUAUAUCUGUAUGUUUUAUUUUACAACUAAUGUAUUAAAUUGCCACUAAUUCAAAUGUGGAUUUGUGGGCUGGACCGUAGAAAGACUUCCGUGUGCCUGCUGUUAACUAAAGCCGGGUAGAGAUAGUGCAGCUGGAGAACUUCGGGGAUUAUUUCUAUUUGGAAAGCUUAGUUAACACACUUUUGAGUUAUUAGGCGGUUCCCGUAAAGAAUUUAGAUAGGAAAGGACUCGUCUAUUUUAUCGGCGUGAUGUUGUACCUCCCCUCGAGACAGGCUAGUGUAAGCAGGCUAGGUUGGCUAGCUAACUCCAAACGUGUUAGCUUAUUAGCUGUUACUCCAUGUCGCAUUUAAACUACAAUGCUGCUCGCCUCGACUUAGACAACAGUUUGGGACGUGAUGGCACACAGAAAGGAAUGUGAGUAUUACGUUAUUAGUGUUUUACAAAAGCCCUAAAAUGUUUUAUUUAGCUCGCUAAUGUCGCUAGCUAACAAAUGUAGUAGCUAACUGUUGUAAACAAAUGCACGUGUUCCUCAGCCUGUGCUCUGAUAACAUACAGUAGGUGAUUACCCGGCUAAGUAUGAGGUUUCUUGUGUUUGUGUCUCCCAUUUUGCUCAUAUCCAUUAUAAAGAAGCAUAAUGAUGAUUGGAAAACUUCUGUUUUCUAAUUACUUAUCUGUAAUUUAUAACCAGGGUACUUAACCAAUGCGGCACUACUGCAUCAAUUGUGGUAUCUAUGAGCUACAACAUGAGGUCAAACACCUAGCAUGAAAGUCCACUAUUUUAGUUUAGAGGGCUAAUUAAGUCAUAAUAGUAGUUUUGGGGUAAGCUGAGAAAGUAAAUUAGUCUGAUGAGAGGAUCAGAGUUUCAGUUCAGAUUGUUGAAAUGUAGUGAUAUGGCUCAACUUACCCCACUCCUAUGGUCAACUUACCCCAAACACGGGGUAAGUUGACCAUAUGAGACCACUUUUCUGGCAUGCUAUAUUAUCAAGACAGUUAUGUUUACACUCAUUCUGUUGGUUUGCAGGGAUGCACAACGUCUUGAAAUAUAUGUAGAUACACUAGUUAGAGACAAAACUAUGAUUGCCUUGAUGUAGUGAUCCGAAAUAUGAAAAAUGGCUCAUCUUACCCCACUCUCCCCAUACUUGGAAACACACAAGUUCUUAAAUUUUGGAGGCUGCAUUAAAAAAAGAAUCAUUUAAAUAUUAAGUUUGAGAUUGUUUCUUUUACUUUCUAAAAAGGUUAAGAAAUCUUGCAAUUCAAACGUAUUUUUACUUUUCUAUGUCUUAGUUUUUCAAGCCAAAGUGCUCCAGAAGCUUUACCCUGCAGCCUCCAAACCUAAAGAGGAGCCCAAACCACCACACAAUGUACAGAUCCCAGCCAAAAACACCUGUGUGAAAAGAAAAGCCUCUCAAGUGGACUCUGCAAAUGGUAAGAUAGUUUUUAUAGUUUUUAAUCCCCUGGAAAUACUAAGUGUGGACAAAGUAAAAAUGCUUUAUUCUCUGAGUCAUUUACUGUAUGUACCAACACUUAAUUGUCGCAACUCUGCUGCUCUUAAUGUUUUACACUGAUUGAUUUGUUUGCUUUUGUUUAUAAAAUGCAGGGAAGACACAGAGUACAUCCACUCCAGACAGGCGUCGGCUUUACACAGUCCUGCCUCCCCCUGCAGACUACAAGCCAGAUCCAGAGAAAUCCAUCACAUUCCCCCUGCUAGAUAAUAUAAAGAGUGCCAAGGACCCAGCUGGUAAGAAGACUAUAAUUUUACAUUUAUGGACUUAAAGUUACGCUAGAUUUAUGUCAGGGGGUUCCUCCAGGUUGGUUCUCUCUGGCUUUUAAGUCAUUCUUCCAGUUUUACUCUGCCACUCUAGUUAAAGGAAAAGGGCACUGAUAAUAAACCUCAUUUUUCACCCUAGGAGAACCUAAAUUGAACACAAUUGGUCUUUGGGCUUUCACUUUGAUUUGUCCAUGAAUGUAUGUCUGCAAAAGUAAAUUUAAACGACUUAUCUAGUCAUCUUGGUGGCUGAAUGGUGAGCUUUUGUAAAUGUCCAGUUGAAAUGUUCUUGACAUGUGAUGAAUGUCAGGCAGUUUUCAGCAUCAUUGAAGAGUAUUUAUUUUGUCCAGGUGGAGUGAUCAGGCAGUAAUAACACUCCUGGCUUGUUUUCUCUCUAUACCCAUCAUCUACUUUAAUGCAAACCACCAUCCAUUUGACAGGGUUCUGCUUUUACCUCAAUAGGAGAAGAGAGAUUUGUUAGCUGAGAUAGUGCUGGGUCUAAAGGUGCCGCUUGAAUGAAUGAUGUGGUUAAGUCUGAUUAAUUGCACCCAUCCGCCUAACAGCCCCUUAAUUGGAUCACAGUUUUGAUUGAGUGGGCACUGAGCCUUGAUGGAAAUUGUACUCUGAAGUCCUUUAGAAGUUCAGCUGAGGUUGAGCCUCAAAAAGAUUUUGUGGUUGUAAAUCCAUGUCAUAUUAUAGAGACAGUUCAGUGGGAAACAGUUAAUGAGUGAAUAGCUUUGAUAAAUGUAUUAAUAGUGAAUUGGACAACCUUUGAAAAAUGUGUAAAAUUACUGGACCUUUACGCUGUUUUCAUACUGUCCCAGUGAUGUCUGAGCUCAGAGUCCUGCUGACAAAUAUACUCCUCAUGCCCUCCAAGAGUUAUAUCUGGUCAAUUCUAGAAUGUGUUGAUUUGUUUGUGUACCUGCAAAAAGUUGCUGUCUUUAUCCUCUGAUUAACUGAGGUGGAAACUACCAUCCUAAAUUCUAGACAGAAAAUUUAGCUACUGAAUUGCUAUAAUGUUAACAGAGAGGUGUGUUUUUCAUGUUAGGGGUUUGCCCAGUAUGUGUCAUUUUUGAGAGGUGUAUGGCCUUGAGGAAGUGUCUUGCUGCUAUGGUUUUACAAAGGGCUAUAGCAAUUAAUUGUUGAACAGAGACUUGUUUAUGGGGCUAGUUGAUUUACCAAAAAAAGAAUUGUUUGUGGUUUAGGGUUAUUUUCAUGUUUAGGAUGUUAAUUAUUUAUUUAUAUAUUAUUAUAGAUAGGGAUGGGAAUCACUAAUGGCCUCAUGAUACGAUAUUAGCACGGUACUUGAGCCACAAUACGAUAUUACUGCGAUUUUUAACAUUUUGCAAUUCAGUGAGUAUUGCGAUACAAUAUAUAGCUAUCUAUACAAUUUUUUCAACUGUUUAGCUAAAUUAGCAUUUGACUUUCCUUUAUGUUUGUCUAAUUUACACAGCCUUUUAUUUUCAUGUAGUACAUCCUGCACACCGAAUGUGUCAGGUCCAUCUUAUUUGUGCCCUGCUUGCAUUUCUAAUGUCUUUCCCCAUGUGCUGCUAUAUUUGUUGCACUAACUUUCUCCUGCUCUAUAAUGUCACCUCUGACAACAUCACUGGACAAAAAGUUGAUUUUUCUUUUCCAUUAUCAUAGAUUUGACUUCAUAUUAACAAUUAAUUUGAAAAAGAAAAAACAAAACUAACUUGGUAAAUGAGACGAUACAAUUUAUCACCAGACCCUAUUUAUAGAUAUAAAUAUAUCAUAUAUUUCAUAAUUUGAGGAUUUUGGUCUGGAUUUGAGCUAAUGAAUGGAGUCAAUUAAAGGUAUCAAUGUCUCUGAAUUUUUUCAUAGCUAUGUAAUUGUAAAAGUGCCACUUUCCCAGCUGCGUUAUGUUCUUGCUGGCACACCACUGUAGUCAGGUUGGUAAGAACAGGACGAAAGCUGUUUUUUUUUUUUUUAAACGUGUUAGUGCUCUGUGAGUUGUAAAAGCAAAGAAGGUGUGAAAGUGUGGAGGAGAAGUUGUGGAGGAAUAGUUGCUUAGCUAGCAUGAGUCCUGUUAUGUGUGAGGCUUGCUGUUAAAAUCAAGUUGUUCUUUGGUAGAUAGUUGUACAUAUCCAAGGAGGAUUUAACAGGUUAAAAGAGCUGAAAUGAGAAAAACAACCUAAGAGACACUAAACUGCAAAACUCAAAGAUUUGAAGAAAUAACAGAGGACAGGUUUUGUGAGGGCAUGAUUUACCAGGUUUCUUAUUUGAUAAACAAUUUCACCAGUGGAGUAGGCGGAAUACAAUAAAACAUGAAGUUGCUUACAUGUGGAAUAAACUUAUUCAGUGAAAUAAGGAAAUAAAGACACAUUAUGAGGCGUCACUGGAGCUGGAGCACCAAAGUGGUGGUAGUUUUUCUGUAGGCAUUUCUUUGACCCUAUCCAAAUUGCGUGUAAAACUGACUCUUAUAAAAGACACAGAAUCUCUGCUUAUUGUAAAAUUCCGAUCAAGGUCACUUUUGCUUAAGAGCAAUAGAGCACCGUAAUGAAAUACUUUCAGAGGUUCAACUGUGUUUUUAAAUACCGUAACUAAAAGCUUAUGGUCUGUUUGUCCUCAGAGGAUAGCUCCAACAGUAGCAGUGAAGAUCCAGACCAUGAAGAGAAGGAAGGAGAACAGAGAAGAAAAAGGAGAAGAAGGAAAAGAAAGCCUGCCCUCCACCAGGACUCUGGUAGAAAUGAAGCAGCUCCAGUAAGUGAGUCCAGCAUCGGACAGAGUCAGACACCUGUGGAUGAGGGAGAAGAGCACAUCAGCAGGAACAAGAAGAGGAAGCUGAAGAAGAAACGGCACAAAGAAAAGCUGCGCUCCAUGGGUCUGAUGCCCCGGGCUGCUGCUCUGGAGUUCACAUACCAAAAAGACUGUGAAGAGGAGCAGCAAGAUGUUGAGAGGAGAGCUGCCGAGGUGGCUGAAUUCCUCAGAACAACAACAGAAUUCUACUUGUCAGAUUGUAAGUGUUGACCAGAGCAACGCCAGCUGAUUUAGAUGAGCUGGUUUCUGAAUUUUCUCAGUUUAAAAUUUUAUAGCUGCAGACAGUUAAAGCUUGUGCUCACCAGUGUUCAUAUUUGGAAAAAAUAAACUCCCUGCCAAGGGUUUGAGUUUUUAUUCGGUUUGAUUUUGACUUGUAUGGAAUUCUAAGAUGCUGAAAUCUGGUAGCUCCUCAAAAUAAAGUUUACAAACACAUAAUUAAAUUCUACCAAAACACUGAAAGCAUUUUAAUGAAAGCAGUUGAUUGGAAUUGAUGCGCUUUUGCCACUGCACAUCUGUGCUUUUUGAGCCUCAGUUUGACAGAGUCAGCACAAAUUACACAGAAAAGGAGUCCAAACACAACAACAGUAAAUGGACUAAAGUGUAACAGUCAAAAUCGAAGCACCAUUAGAAUGCACUGUGAAACCUUUGAAAUAGUGAUUGAAGUCAACGAGUUUUCAUUUCUUCUGCCAGUUUGAAUACUGGCGAGUAAGAAAUGAAAACAGCUGUGAUUUAUUUAUCUACGUUCUUUCAUUAUAGCAGAAAUAUAACAGAUGAGUCUUCUUUCUGCUCCCUUUCAUUCAUAUUUGGGAAUGUUUGUGUAUACCAUAUAUUGAAUUGUUUUAAUUUUAAUCAAGAAAGAAAUAAAAAAAUUAAAUAAAUAAACAGUAUGCUAAGAUAAGUCCACAAUGUUUCACAUACUAUAUGAACCACAAUAAAUGUAUUUUUAAUCUUGGCAGAAUAAGCAGCUGUGAAAAACUCCAAAUUCAGGUUUUGGUAAUCAAUCCGAUUCUAUUACUUAGUAUUUAAUCAAAGCUGGCAGCAUGCCCAAAUAAAGAUGUUCAUUUAGAAGAUUAGUUGAUAACCAGGGUUAAAAAUAAGUUAUCUGAACCUUAUAGAGCAGCCUUGCAAAUGUCAGAGACUGAGAAUAAUAAUGAAACUGCGCAGAUAUAAGACUUUGUCCAUUCUUCUCUGUCUUCUCUACCCAUUUUUUUUUCUUCUUUUUUUGGGAUGACAGUUACUCAUGGGUAGAGGCUAAGUGAUAAAAUUUUGAAUUAAAAGUGAUUCACUGCUAAUAACAAAGUUGCUGUAGAUUUGGUGUAAUUUCUAAAUAUGUAUAAUUGUUUUUUGUCUUUAUUAGGAUUGUAUUUUUGUUAUUUCCCCUUUUUUAAUGAGGCUUGUACAUUUUAUGGGCAUCUUUAACAGACCUCAUCUCCUUUCUCCUGUUCUGUUCCAGCCUCAUCACAUGUGGACAAGUUACCACUAUCUUGGACUGUAGAUGACCUCCUGGGCAGCAUUGCCUGCAGUGAUGAGCCUGCCUCAAUCCUGAAGCAGCUCUACAACCUUAAGGUCUUAGUUCAUCAGAGAGAAACAGAUAAGCUGGAAGAAGCACUGAUGGAGUUCCAAAACACAUCCUGUUUAGCUGAGAGUAAGAGAAACAUAUACAUGACAUAUUAAGCUCAGCAAGGUUGUAUCUGAUGCCAAAAGUAGGCAUCUUUGCUUGUGCUUAAUGACGCUUCAUGCUUUGUUCAAGUCGACCCCUGUCCAUACCAGCCUCAUCUUGCCGUGAUCUGCCCUACAAACCUCACUGACCUGUCUCUGCAGGUUAAUACUUGCCAUUGUUUGUCUGCACUUGCUCUCUAUUCUAUUUUUACAUUGAUCCUUAUUGUUCACCUGAGUAUACCUGUCCUCACUUGCCUUCUUCAGCUUUAAUCUGCACAAACUUGCCCUGAAUACAUUGUACUUGAGCUGCUGGUCCAGAGUAUUUUUCACACAUAGGUGACCUCCACCACCAGUUUUCCAACAAGUUUCAACUUGUUCAUUAUGCUGUUAUUCAGCCAAAACAUCUCAACAGUCCCCAGACACUUCCCCACCUGUGCAUGUGUGUUUGUGUGUGUUUGUGUGUUUACAUGGUUGGCUAGCUGCCUGCAUAAUAGGAUCAGUAGGGACUUUGCUGCCUUCACAUGCACAAGUGUGUGCGCUUGAGGAAGAGAGCGAGAGAUAGUGCAGCAGAGUCUAGCUUAGAGAUUUAAGAAACUUCAAAAUUAGUUGCUGAAAAUUUGCAUUUGACUCUUUUGGUCCCUGUCAACAAGACAACACAGAGUAAAAAGUCUCUUUUCUCCAUUCACCCUCUGAAAAAAGCCAAAAUCAAACAUCUUUUGAGCUUUGCCUAAUUCCUUUAGCAAAGAGACUAAACACAACUCACCUACUCUCUUCCAGCAGCUGCUUGUUUGUAGCGAGACCUUGGGCCAGUCCAUUACGGACUGCUGCGGGGUGGCGCAGUUCAAGGAAGAACAUUUAUGAUCAUUUCUUUAUCAUUUCAUUGAAGUAUUAAUCACCAUAUUAAUCAUUUUGCACUGCAGAUGCGGUAGUUCCUCUACCUUAGCGUCUCGGUCUGAUUGCAUUUCCAUGAAGAAAUGAUCAUAAAUGUUCUCCCUUGAGCUGUGUCACCCCACUGUAGUCCUUAAUGUACUGGCCCGAGGUCUCGCUACAAACAAGCGGCUGCCGGAAGAGAGUGGGUAAGUUGUGUUUCAUCUCUUUGCUUAAGAAAUUAAGCAAAGCUCAAAAGAUGUUUGGUAGCUAGUACUAUGGCUGGGACUCUUUAUAUACUGUUGAUGAAGUUAGGUGCUGCUCUGAGCAUUAUUUGUGGCUAUAGAGUGGCGUUUUGGUUGAGGUUUGUGUAUGGCUCCUCAGACUGGUGUGUAUUGCUAUCGUGCGGUUGUUACUAAAGUUGGUAUAACUAGAGAAGCAAGCAGUCAGCAACAUUCACCUCUCUAGGGGGUGUCUAACUCUGUGUUUCGGUGUGUUUGACCCUAAAUUAAUUUAACGCCGGCAUAUCCCUUUAAGUUAUGCUAAGCCUCCCUAUACAGCUCCACCAGAGCUGUGUGGAAGCUUUUGAACCACCUCAUAUUGUCUGAAUUUUGUUUCUACUUAAUGUCUCAAAUUGCUGCCGCUUUUAAACAAAACUCCAGUGAGUUGCAGUAGAGAGGAAUUUAUAUUGUAUUAGUAAACCUUGUCAUAGAGCUUUUAAGGCCAAAGCACUGGCAUUGUCAUUUUUUACGUCAUAGAACUCGAUGAAAACCAUUUAAAAUGUUUUUGUACUUUUUUUUUAAUGGCCGCCUUUUAACAGAAGCGUUCUUUCCUGAAUGCCAUCCACUUUUACUGCUUUGUAGGAGCUACUCCAUGAGCUUGUGCAGAAGUAUACUUUUUAGUUCUUGAACCGUGGGAGAGGGUCUGAGACAGAUUUCUCUUAAGCAUAUUUUACUGCGCCCUGAAGUUCCUUUCAUGUACCACGACUGCUUGACUCUUUCCUUUUAUCCUGCCCAUUUUGUAGCCACAUGCUUUUCUGUGGGUUGAAAUGUUACUGUGGAAUACAAAAGAAAAAGUAGAGGAAGGAUUUUGUCUAGAUGAGAGAGGGUUGUGUUGUGUUAAAUGUUUACAUGCAGGAAGAGGCAAAAAGUAAUUCUGAACACAAACAAGAGAUUCAUUAUGCAGAAAAUUGAAAUGACAAAUAUGUUUCUGUAGCUGAAACGUUGCUCCUUUUCUCUUUGUGUUCCAGAGGAUACCACUGCAGUCGUUUCACUGUUUCAUUACUGGAUCACAGACAUCCUUCCAGUGCAGGGAGACAAGACAACAAGGCUCUCCUCAAAGAACCCAUGAGACUGUCAGUCAAAGUGGAACAGAGACUGCUGAGGAAUUGUUUCCACUUUCCACCAUUACUUUUGACAAGAGAGCUCUUUAAAUAUUUUAUUUUUUUACUGUGAUGGAUGUUACAUGAUGAUAUGAAAAAAUAUUAAAUCACUUUUUUGUUCUUAGCCUU